CAGAAUCCAUUUGUUCGUGUGUUGAGUAGCUUGGAACCUUCUGGAGGUUUAUUUCUUAGAAGUAAUGCUAUGGGGAAUCCUCGCAACUUCCUAUGUUACAUUAUUGUAUCUGCUUGUCGCAUUGCGACUAGCUGUAUCGAACAAGAGCCGAGAAGAAAGGGUCCGUGAUGCAGCUUUUAAUGGACACGGCCUGUCCUAUCGCCGUCUACGGCUGACCGCCUUUCACCGUCUGCGAGAUGGUCAGGGCGAUUCGCUUUCGAAGUUGGCAACGGGAAGUCACGAAAAGAAAAUCGACCACGCCGGAGCAUCAACGAGAGAUCCUGUUGUGCAGCAUGAAGUGAUUCCACACGAAAAUAGCUUCACCGUUCAACGCGACUUGUCAUCUUGCCGCGAUGUCCGUGUAUCGCUCUGCACGCCCGCUACUGCGCGAGAUGUGCACCAAGGCCUCCUGCAACAACUCGCGCGGACGGUUGCAACGCAGACGGUGUUGCCAAUGGAGUGGAUCAUUUUCUUGUCGGGCGUGGACUACCCCACGUGCAAGGCAGAGACAGUGCGAGUGCGCGCAAUCCUUCGGACCGCACAGGCGCCAAUAUCGCGGUCAAAACAAGACUUAUUUGAAAAAGAAUUAUCGCAGGAACUCGCAGGUCGAGGCAUCAGGUUAAAAGAGAGUGAAAUUUUUGCACCGAGCGAGCAUGUUGGACCCAGAGGCAACGACUCCACGAACGAGAUGCAUACAAAAAAAAGCAUGACGGAAGACCACGAAUCGGAGAAAAAGCGGAGCGCAAACACACCAACGCCAGUUAUGUACGAUGCGAACAAAGACAUAAGCAAGGUCCUGUUAGCUGGUAUUCCCGCAGAAGCAUUGGAAAUGGACUCGCGCUAUCGCAUUCCAGUACGUAAAAGUCGACGCGAGCUGCCUUUCUCUGUCGGUAGACAGUUGGCAGCUGACGUCUUCAGGCGAUUCAAUGGCGUGCGUAGAGCAGAGGAGACAAAUACACGCGAUGAGGCACGUGAAAAAUCUCUACCUGCUACCGUAACAAUUGAAAGUAUCGCGCGAGAAACGGACUAUCGAAAGGCCGCGCAAUUAGUUGCUGCAGCAUAUAAGCAGCCACGAGGGCGUUCCUGCGACGCUCAGCACCCGUGCACGAUUGCCGCAGAAGCCCGAGAGGUGAAUAAUAAGGUCGUUCCAGUUAAGGUGUUCUGUAACGCGGAAGUGCUAAACCAAGGUUUUUCGCGGAAUCGCUUGGCAGAACGCGCGCAAGGUGAAAUAGUAUCUUUUGUAGACGCCGACGACGGCCUGCACCCACAUCGCACGGAAAUUUUGACCAGACAGUUCUACAACUAUCCGACUCUGAAGAUGGUUGGCCACCGCCGAAGUAACGGCCCGGCAGCUGUUGAAAAUGUGGAAGGUCUUGCAAGUACUUUGCAGCAAUCGAGUAGUACCAACACCAAGCUUGCGGAAGAUCAAGUUGCACGCACGAGUUCUAGUACAAUAAAUGUUCUCUUAUUGCAGUCCCAAGGCGUAUACAACGCCACGUUCUCCGAAUGGAUGUAUCAUCGGAUGCAGAAAACGGGGUGGUUCAUAGGUCGCGGUGCCAUUUGUGUGUAUGGUCACGUAAGUGUAAGACGGGAAGUCUUUCGUUUCGUGAAGUAUGAGGAAGAACCGCGACACAAGCGCCAAAAUCUCGAGGACAUGCGGUUCAUACACGCAGCCUUGCGUCUGUGGGGUCCAGUCAAUGACACUUUUUCCUUCGUAUGGAAUGAACUCACAUGGGGCGUAAAAGCGCAGUACCGCGAGGCGAUGGAACAUUCCGGAAAAAAGUUGUGAAGACUUUUGCUUUUAGUCGCGCAAAUUCUGAGGUGUCUGGCUUGUAAUCCCCAUGUUGCUGCGCGUGUUCACGUCUAAAC